AUUCCAUGUCUAAACCCCCAGCUGGUUUACUGGAAGGAACAUUAUCAGAUUUCGGAGCCUUUGAUCAGUGCCUGGAUAUUAUUCUUCCCAAGAAAAAUGGCGAGGUGGAAUUUCGUGGGCAAUACUGCGCUAUGGAAGCGAAUCCGCUGAUGCCACCCAUUCCGAAAAACUUUUCACUUGCCAAACAAAGACACGCACAGCCACUAGACAGUAUAGCGGAAGAAGUAAAAAUAGGGGGCAUGGCAUUCUACUACUUGAAAUUCCGUCUUGGACUUUGUGUGCCGUCUGCUUGUAACUUGAACGACAUGAAACUCAUAGCUGAAAAAAUUAGCAAAGCCAUUCAGAUGAAUAUCCAGAUUCCUCAAUGCUAUGUUAAAGAAAGUGCUACAUUUCGACCCAUUCACAUAGUUGUGAUAUUUAUUUUGAGUUUGCUUCUCCUUGCAUGUUUAUAUGGAUCCAUAAUUGAACACAAAGCAUCUAAAGAAAAGGACAGACGAUUGAGACCCCACGAGGAAAUGUUCAAAUGUUUCUCAUUCAUUUCGAACUAUCAACGACUGAUGGGCUCUUCCAAAGGCUCUGAAGAGCUGAAGGCGUUGCACGGAUUGAGAGCUUUAAGCAUGGCGUGGGUUAUUCUAGGACAUACGUACGUCUGGUCGAAUUUUCAGCUAUUAAGAAGACCAUCUCUAAUUCCAAAUUGGUUCAACAGCCUUGAUUUCGAGGCAAUACAUAAUGGAUGGUUAUCUGUGGAACCGUUUUUCUUCCUGAGCGGUCUAUUAACUAGUUACGCUGUGAUGAAGAUUUUACCGAAGGCCAAAGGACGCAUAAAUGUUCCGAUUUAUAUUUUAAGACGAUACAUCAGGUUGACUCCACCUUUACUUCUGGCCAUGGGCUUAGCUUUUUUUAUGCCUCUUCUGAGUUCUGGGCCUUUCUGGUAUGAACGAGUGGAUCCAGAGUUGAAGGCCUGUACAGAAUACUGGUGGGCAAAUAUUUUGUAUAUUAGCAACUGGCUCGGCAUGCGACAAAUAUGCGUUCACCCAACUUGGUACUUGUCAGCAGACUUUCAGCUUCACGUGGUUUCAAUUGUCGUUUUGUAUCUACUGUACAGAUCGCCGAAGAUCGGUUUGAGUUUGAUCACGAUCAUCGUAGUUGCCUGCAAUAUUGCCGUCGGAGUUCUAACAUAUCUUUGGGAUCUUCCACCUACUAUACAAAUAUCGUCUGGCAAUAAUGAGAAAAUUCAACAAACCGUUGACAUAGUUCACAUGCGCACUUUCACACAUGCUGGCCCUUAUUACGUUGGAAUCGUUGUGGGUUUCUUAAUGGUCAAGCACAAAGGCAUUGAAAUAAGUAAGGUGGAAAAUAUUUCCGGAUGGUGUGCAUCGAUUGUUCUUGCUUUGACAUCCGUUUAUGGAGCCCACAGAUGGAAUAUUGGUGAACCUCAUGGGCUUGUUUUGACUUCCAUAUUUGCUGCCGUGCAUAGAACAACUUUCACGAUGUCCGUAGCCUGGGUAGCGUUUGCUUGCGUCACAGGGCAUGGAGGUGUAGUGAACAAAUUUCUUUCGGCGUCUCUGUUUGCUCCAGUGAGCCGCCUAACUUUCAUGGUUUACCUUCUUCACAGUCUUGUGAUAUGGGUAAGAAAAGCUUCUGCAAGAGAAAGAAUCUACUUCAGUCAUUACAAUAUGCUUUACGAAUACAUUGGCAAUAUUGUGGUCACUUUGCUGCUGACCGUUCCUUUUUACCUCCUUCUCGAAGCUCCCCUCUCCAAUUUAGAGCGAUUGCUUCUUUCCAGAAAUCUGAAACCCAAAGAAGAAGACACACCAGAGCAGAGAACAAAUGGUCAUCUACCGGAGAAUAUCGUGCAUGCAACAAAAGACUUCAAAUUUAACGGCGAGAUUGCCAUACCCAGUACUGUUGAAUUAACCUCUGUAAAGAGUUUGGAUUGUAUACAGAAUACUGGAAUUUUCCCUGGUAAAAACUGUAUUAAUUAGAUCUUUCUGUACAUCCAUACCUCGACAUGAUGUACAUUUUGUUUUGUAACUAUUUUAAGAAAAAUAAAGGGAUAUUGUGUGUGUA